ACACAGGGUGGAGGCACAGGGUCUGACAUACAGGCAGGCAGUGGAAAGCUCCUAAACUCCAAGAGGAGGUGGGGGCGACAGCGACAGGUGCUGGCCCGUCGCCCCAUCCCACCCCGCACCCCGACAUGCACACGGUCACACUCACCCCUGGCGUCCCUGCCUGCCCGUCAGACUCGGGCUGUCUAUCUGAAUCUGCAAACACGAAACGCUAGCGACACUGGCUGACUAUUCCGGGGUCCCUGAGUCGCGACACGCGCGCGGUGCUGCUGUCACGACCGAAGGUCUUCGCUUCCCACGACCGGUCCGCCCGGCAGGCGGCCGACGGCGCGCCCAGGAGGACCCGGGGUGCACUCACACGUUGAGGACGUUGCGCUUGUUGCUAAGGAAACUCUCGGGCAGCGGGGAGAGCUCCUUGACGAGGGAGCCCGCCAGCAUGGAGGCCACCAGCGCCCACGGCAGGUAGCGCCGUACCGCCGCCCGCACCAGCGUCCCGCGGAGGAACCACGCGCAGCGCUCCAGGGCUGGUUCCUCCUGGAGGCAGUGGGACAGAACCCCCUUGCCUCUCUCCUGGCUGCUGGUGACGUGGCAAACCUUGGCAUUCCUCAGCUUCUGACUGCAUCACUACUGUCUUGGCCUCCACCUUUGUGAUCAGGUCUCCUUUCUCGUCAUUGAGGGAGAUGGAAGACCACAAAUACUGGGAAUCUGCCCUACCUGAGACCUCAGUGAUAUCACCUAAUUGUUGAUUUUCAUCCUUCAUUCAUCUAUCCUACAAAUACUUGUUAGAAGUAUUGUCCAAAUAAAUGGAAAACUAUCCCAUGUUCAUGGAUUGGAACAAUUAAUAUCAUUGAAGUACUGAUACUACUCAAAGUGAUCUAUAAAUUCAAUGUAAUCCCUAUCAAAAUUCCAAUGUCUUUUUUCACAGAAAUAGAAAAAAAUCCUAAAAUCCAUGUGGAACCAUAAAAAAAAAAAAAAAACUAAAUAGCCAAGGCAAUCAUGAGGCAAAUGAACAAAGCCGGAGGCAUCACCUACGUGAUUUUAAACUAUACAAAGUGGUAGUAGCUAAAAUAGCACAGUACUGACAUAAAAGUAGAACAUUGACCAAAAGAACAGAAUAGAGAGCACAGAAAUGAACCCACAUAUGAUCAUCAUCAGCAAAGGUACCAAGAAAACAGUGGAAAAGAACAACUUUUUCAAUAAUGAUGCUGGGAAAACUGCAGUAGCAUAAAAUUGGACCCUUAUAACAAAAAUUGGACCCUAUAAACACAAAUCAACUCAAAAUGGAUUAAAAACAAACCUGAAACUGUAACACUCGUAGAAGAAAAUAAAGGGCAAAACUAUAUGCCAUUAGUCUGGGCAAUGAUUUUCAAGAUUUGAUCUUAAUAAUGCAAGCAACAAAAGCAAAAAUAGCAAAUGGGAUUGCAUCAAACUGAAAAGCUUCUGCACAGCAAAGUAAAGAGCAGAGUGAAGAAGUAACCUGCAGAAUGGGAAAGAAUAUUUGUAAGCCACAUAUCUGAUAAGGGGUCAAUAUAUAAGGAACUCAACUCUACAGAAAGGAAAUAGUCCAAUCUGAAAAUGGACGGUGGAACUGAAUAAACAUUUCUUCAAAUGCAACAUACACGUGUCCACAGGUACAUGUAGAAUACUCAACACCACCAUUCACUGGGGAAAGGCAAAUUAUAACCACAAGGAGAUAGUACCUCAUACAUGUCAGAAUGACUGUCACCAAAAAGAUAAGACAUCAGUGUUGGUGUAAAGAAAAGGAAUCCUUGUACAAAAUUGGUAGUAAUGUAAAUUAGUAGAGCCAUUAUGGAAAAAGUUUGUUUAUAUUUUAUUAAAAUUAAAAUUACCCUGGGUUGGGGUUGUGGCUCAGUGGUACAGUGCUUGCCUAGCACAUGUGAGGCACUGGGCUCGAGUCUCAGCACCAUGAAAAUAAAUAAAGGCAUUGAGUCCAUCUACAGCUAAAAAAAUUUUUUUAGAAUUAAAAUUACCAUGUGAUUCAGUAAUCCCCCUUGUAUCCAGAAUGUGAAAUCAGUAUAAGAUGUUUGCUCUCCUGUGCUCCUUACAUCAUUAUUCACAAUAGCUGAGUUAUGAACUCAACCUUAGUGUCCAUGAAGGGAUAGAAAAAUGUGGCAUAUCUACACAGUGGAAUAUUAUUUAGCCUUAAAAAAGAGAUUUUUGGCCUAUGUGACAACUUGGAUGGAAUUGGAGAACAUUGUGCUAAAUGAAAUAAGCUAGGUGCAGAAAGACAAAUCCCACAGGUUCUCACUUAUGUGUGGAAUCUGAAACAAGCAACCAAACUCAGAAGUAGAGAGUAGAAUGGUGGUUAGCAAAGGUUGAGUUUGGGGGAAAUGGAGAAGAUGGUUGAAGAGUAACAAGCCUCAACUAGAUAGGAGGAAGAAGGAUUUUCUUUUUUUGGUAUCUAUUCCACAACAUCAGAAUGUAGUAGAUAGUAGUGUAUUACACAUCUCAAAAUUGCUGAUUGUGGGGAAGAGCUUUGUUAUGGUUGUGGGCUAGUCACCUUUGCAGGGCCAAGGAACCAGGGACGCAUCCUUAGACGCCGCGUCUUGUCCUUGGCUGUAGCUCCGCCGCUGCUCGAUUGGUAGAUUCAUGUGGCCUUUUUAAUGAUUGAGUAAUGAUGGAAAUGGAUCCAAAAUAAAAAGUGACUUCUCUACCAAAGCAGUAGAAGAUUCUUCAUAUCACCUUCCAGUAGCUGAAUUCAGUUUUGGGGAAGAAGCAAAACAAGUGAAAUACAGAAAACUGAAGAAGAAGAAAAUCUCAUUUUGGAACUUCCUUGACUAUUCCUUACCCCCUGUCUUUCUACUUUUUAAAAUUUUGUUCUGAAUUUAUAAAUAUUGAAGACCAAAGAAAUAGAAUAUACAUUUAGGAGCUUUAUACCAAGAAAUUUGCCUUGAAAGCUGCUAUUCCUAGAGGGAAAAGUAUAUCAAGUUCCUGUCUGUUUUUUUUUUUAACAAGAUUUCAUAUAUGUAUAGAUUUUAAAAUUUAAGACAAAUAUAAAUACAUAUCUGCACACUAUUUUUAGCAGUUGUGUAAAAAUAAUGACAUUUAUGUUUUAAGGGCUUUGUUAUGUGUUUAUUUGCCACUGGAGUUGAUUACUCAGAUCUUUUAUGGUGCUUUAAUAUUAUAUUUUUGAUCUGUCACCUUGAUGACAUUACUUGCUCACACAUGAGGCGACCUGUGUAGCUAUGACCUUGUUAUGAACAGUUCGCACUCGCUGUGCAAAUGUCCAUGUAUUACCUAUUUAAGCAUCGUCAUAGUGCCAUUACUCAAGGAAGUUGAAUGAGGUGAACAUAGACAUAGCUCUUUCCCCUUACCCCCCUUUUUAAAUGUAACAAAUACUUUUUAUGUUCCCCUUCUCCCUUUCCCUCCCCCCUUCCCCCUUUUGGAAGCGAGUCAGGAACUAGGUAGUUUAGGAUGAGCAAUUAGAGGGACUCAGAAAGUGAGCCACAUAGAGCCAGGCUUCAUCACAAGUCGUGCUGCUGACCAGACUGCUUAAGCACCUUUUUAACAAGAAGACCUCAUGAGAGAGCCAACUGGUAGUGUCAAGGAGUUCGGAAAACAGGACCACAGAGUUUCACUCUGGGAUCCUGACCAUGAGGUUGGAUGCCUCACCUUGCUGAGAAGACACUGGACCUAAAUGGCGCAGCAUGACUUUGUUCCUGCUUGGCUAAAUUUCUCAACACCACAGUCAGCUAAGUCACCUACAUCCACCUUUGAAAAACACGGAGAGCACCUAUCCCUAGGAGAAGGUAGAUUUGGAGUGAGCCAUCGCCGACACAAUUCCUCUGAUGGCUUUUUUAACAAUGGGCCCCUACGAACUACAGGAGAUUCCUGGUACCAGCCCUCCCUGUUCUGCCAUGAUUCUGUGGACUCUGGUGUCUCUAAGGGAGCAUAUGCUGGAAUCACAGGGAACCUAUCUGGUUGGCACAGCUCUUCCCGAGGUCAUGAUGGCAUGAGCCAGCGUAGUGGAGGUGGCACAGGGAACCAUCGACACUGGAAUGGCAGCUUUCACUCCCGGAAAGGCUGUGCCUUUCAGGAAAAGCCACCUACAGAGAUUAGGGAAGAAAAGAAAGAAGACAAGGGUAAGUUGCAGUUUGAAGAGGAAGACUUUCCUUCUUUGAAUCCAGAAACUGGCAAACAGAAUGAGCCAUGUAGACCUAUUGGGACCCCUUCUGGAGUGUGGGAAAAUCCACCUAGUGCCAAGCAACCCUCCAAGAUGCUAGUUAUCAAAAAAGUUUCCAAAGAGGAUCCUGCUGCUGCCUUCUCUGCUGCAUUCACCUCACCAGGAUCUCACCAUGCAAAUGGGAACAAAUCGUCAACUAUGGUUCCAAGUGUUUAUAAGAACUUGGUUCCUAAGCCUGCACCACCUCCUUCCAAGCCCAAUGCAUGGAAAUCUAGCAGAAUGGAACACAAAUCAGGAUCCCUUUCCUCUAGCCGGGAGUCUGCAUUUACCAAUCCAAUCUCUGUUACCAAACCAGUGGUACUGGCUGGUGGCACAGUUCUCAGCUCUCCCAAAGAGAGUCCCUCCAGCAUUACCCCUCCAAUUGAGAUCAGCUCCUCUCCACUGACCAAGUUGACCCGCCGAACCACUGACAGAAAAAGUGAGUUCCUGAAGACUCUGAAGGAUGACCGGAAUGGAGACUUUACAGAGAACAGAGACUGCGACAAGCUGGAGGAUUUGGAGGAUAACAGCACACCUGAACCAAAGGAAAAUGGGGAGGAAGGCUGGCUUCAGAACGGUCUCCCUGUGGUAGAAGAAGGGGGGGUCUGGUCACACUCUCUGGAAGCAGAGCACAGGUUAUUGAAAGCAAUGGGAUGGCAGGAAUAUCCUGAAAAUGAUGAGAAUUGCCUUUCUCUCACAGAGGAAGAGCUAAAAGAGUUCCACAUGGAGACAGAGCAGCUGAGAAGAAAUGGCUUUGGAAAGAAUGGCUUCUUGCAGAGCCGCAGUUCCAGCCUGUUCUCCCCUUGGAGAAGCACUUGUAAAGCAGAGUUCGAGGACUCAGACACAGAAACGAGUAGCAGUGAAACAUCAGAUGAUGAUGCCUGGAAGUAGGCAUAUAAAUGCUCACAGUUAAUCUGACCCAGUAAACUCAGCUUGUGUGUUUAGGGAAUAUACAGAAGAAAUCGUUCUUUUUUCCUUUUCCUUCUCUUAAUGUUGUUGAAUACUUCAUGCACAAGGGAAAUAAUCAUAUCCCAAAGAAAGAGCAGUUGGCUUGUUUAGCUUUUGUUGUUGUUCUUCCCUGUUACCUGCUUAAUAGAAGUUUGUGUGGUGGGAUUUUUUUUAAAUACACACACACAGUACAUAUGGGGCGAUGCACAGGUGGGAGCUGGCAGUGCAGAGAUGCAGAGAGGAGACACUUGUCUGCAGCAACAGCUUCUACUACCAGCCCUUGGGGCACUCACCCCCGUGCUCAAGCAAUCAUUGUCAAUGACAAAGUGACUAUUGAAGUUAUAAUUGUAUUAAAUUAAUGCUAAUAAUUUGGAUAUUUUAUUUUAUUUUUGGCUGCUUGGGUAACUUUAGCCCUUAACAAAGCAUAUGUGGUUUUUGUUUGUUUGUUUUUGUUUUCUUUUUCCUUUUCGGGUACAGCUAUAAAAUAUUUGGAUCUAGGAAAUGUUGUGUUAUUCUUGCAGCCUUGAUAUUCAGGGUGGAUUGUAAAAUAUAAAUUUUUGUGAGAUUUCAAAGAUUAAGAUUAUUUUGAUAACAUUAUUUACAGAUUUAAAAGAUGUGGUUAUCACAAGUCCGUUGAGGGGAAAAACUACUGCAUAAAAUAACUAACUUGGAAUAAAUAUUUUGCAUCAGUUUAAAAAAAUGCUGAUUGUGCUAUUUUCUCACCACAAAAAAUGAUAAAUAUUGAAGAUGAUGCAUAUGUUAAUUAGGUUGAUUGAAUUAUUCCACAUUGUAUUUAUAAAUCAUAGCAUCACUUGCACCCCAUAAAUAUAUACAACUAUCAUUUGUCAAUGUAUAAUAAAAUA